AUGCUCUCGCGUUUGCCAAAAUCGAGUGUUCUUCAGCAAGCGAGAAGCGUGUCGUCGAUCGCCACUGCCGAGCCGAAUGGUCCGUCGGUGAAGACAGCGAUUCCCGGACCAAAGUCCAAAGAGCUCAGAGCGCAAAUGGACAAAGUUCAUCAAACCACGUCGGUUCGAUUCCACGUGGACUAUGAGAAAUCAUUCGGAAACUACAUGGUCGACGCCGAUGGAAACUCAUUUUUGGACCUUUACACGCAAAUUUCGUCCCUUCCGCUCGGCUACAAUCAUCCGGAUUUGGUGAAAGUCGCCAGCGCUCCGCAUUUGAUUACCUCGCUGGUGUCUCGUCCCGCGUUGGGCUCGUUCCCGCGAACCGAUUUCGCCGACGGCAUCAGCAACGCGUUGACGUCGGUGGCACCGAAGGGCUUGAAAGCGGUUCAGACAAUGCUUUGCGGCUCGUCGGCCAACGAGAACGCCAUCAAGACGGCGUUCAUUUGGUAUCAAGCUCAACGCCGCGGCGGCAAAGGACCGUCGGCCGAGGACCUCGCCAGCUGCAUGGAGCAGAAGAAGCCGGGCACGCCGACGUUGUCGGUGAUGGGCUUUCAGGGCGCGUUUCACGGCCGCACACUUUGCAUGUUGUCGGUGACGCGGAGCAAGGGAAUUCACAAGGUCGACAUUCCGGCGUUCGAUUGGCCGAUUGCGAAAUUUCCGAGAUAUCGCUACCCGUUGGAUCAGAACAAAGAAUACAAUGACGCGCAGGACAAGGAGUGCCUCAAAGACGUCGAGGAGAAGAUUGCCGAGUGGAAACGAAAGGACAACGAUGUUGCCGCCAUCAUUGUGGAGCCGAUUCAGUCGGAAGGCGGCGAUCAUUACGGAAGCCCGCAAUUCUUCCAGGGUCUGCAAGACAUCACCAAGAAGAAUGGAAUUGUGUUUAUUGUCGACGAGGUUCAAACCGGCGGCGGCGGUACGGGCGCACUGUGGGCGCACGAGCACUGGAAUUUGAGCUCGCCGCCCGACAUUGUGACGUUCUCGAAGAAGCUUCUCACCGGCGGCUACUUCUAUUCGGAGCAUCUUCGCAUCAAAGAGGCGUACCGAAUCUACAACACGUGGAUGGGCGAUCCGACGAAGUUGAUGCUUCUCGAGAAGGCGAUCGAGGUGAUCAAAAGAGACGGCCUCAUCGAGCAGAGCAAAACCGUCGGCGACUAUUUCCAGAAAAAGCUCGCCGAAUUGCAGAAGACGCACAACACAAAAUUGGAUCAGGCUCGCGGCCGUGGCACUUUCGCGGCCGUCGAUUUCCCGACCGCCCAAUUGCGCGACAAAUUCGUCGAUGCGGCGAUCGCCAAUGGUCUGCACUGCGGCGGAUGCGGCGAGAAAACUCUACGAUUCCGGCCGUCGUUGGUGUACACGAAGAAGCACGCCGAUUUGACGUUCGAUCUGCUCGACAAGACCCUCAAACAGAUCUAA